AUGACGGACAAAGACGCUGCAGUCAUGCACCUGGAGCACCAACCGGGCCAGGGAAUAAAUGCCGACGAUGCAGAAUUCCUGUCGAACUUUUCAAACGAAGCUAAGAAGCGUGUUCUCAGAAAAGUUGAUAUGAGGCUUGUCCCCAUGUUUGUUCUCUUGUACUUGAUGGCAUAUAUCGACAAGACGAACAUUGGAAAAGCAAAGAUCGAGGGUCUUCUUCCAAGUCUACACAUGGAUGGAAUACAGUACAACAUCGCCUUGUCCAUUUUUUUCGUACCUUAUGUCCUUGCUGAGGUGCCAAGCAAUAUAAUCUUGAACCGACUCAAGAGACCGUCGCGCUAUUUGGGAUUUCUGAUUUUCUGCUGGGGUGUGAUCAUGCUAUGUACAGGCUUUGUUCAAAACUUUGCCGGUCUAGUCGUGAUUCGUUUCCUAUUGGGCCUAUUUGAAGCAGGCUUUCUUCCCGGCGCCGUGCUCGUGAUUUCGAAAUGGUAUCUUCCGAAUGAGACACAGACCCGGAUCGCUAUUCUUUACACAUCUGCGGCUUCUGGGGGCGCCUUCUCAGGUCUUCUGGCAUUUGCGAUCGCCAAAAUGGAUGGCAUGGCCGGCUACGAAGGCUGGCGCUGGAUAUUCAUCAUAGAGGGCAUUGCAACCAUUGCGAUGGCCGUCGCUUGCUAUUUGCUCCUUCUAGACUCACCAUCGUUAUCUCCAGGCUGGCUUACUCCAGAUGAGAUUCGAUUCCUUGAAGUACGUCAAAUAGCCUCUAACAGCCACGGUGGUCACCACGAGGGCUUCAACAAACGGAUCAUCUUCAGCGUCCUCGGCGAUUGGAAAAUAUACCUUCUCAUCCUCGCCAACUGGUCCAAUGCCGUUCCCAACUAUGCACUCAAGUUCAGCAUGCCUGAGAUUAUCAAGUCCAUGGGAUACGAAUCAGCCAACGCCCAGCUCCUGACUAUCCCUCCAUACACCGUCGGUGCUGUGUCGGCUUACGGGUUCUCUGUGUUUGCUGAUCGCUUCUCGUGGAGAAUGCCUUUCAUCGUGGCACCCCAGUUGUCACUUAUCGUCGCAUUCGCAAUAUUAUUCUCCAAGGCUGCUGACAUAGAGAAUAACAUAGCACUCUGCUAUUUUGGCAUUUGUCUCGCGUGCUUCGGGAUGUAUCCUAUCCUUCCUGGUGUCAACGCUUGGAAUGUCUGCAACAUUACAAAUCCUCACAAGCGCGCCGUGGCCAUUGGGUAUCUCAUUUGUGUUGGUAAUGCAGGUGGAAUUAUUGGGAGUUACAUCUACAGAGCUGAUGAGAAGCCGCGAUACCCCACUGGCUAUGGCACUUCACUUGCGUUCGCUGCUGCCGGGAUUAUGGCUUGUUUAACCUUGGAAUUCUGCCUCUGGAGCGCGAACAAAACGAAAGAUCGGAUGUCUACGUCUGAGAUUGAGGAGAGGUAUACUCAAGAUCAGCUCCGUAAUAUGGAGGAGAAGAGUCCUCUUUUUAAGUAUACCUUAUGA